AUGGUCACCUCCUGAUGAUGCUGCACAGCCACCACCCCAGUCCCCAAGGGUCAGCCUUGCUCCGUGCCGGGAUGACAGCAUCCCAGUCCCCAAGUGUCAGCCCCGCUCCGUGCCGGGGUGACGACAUCCUGGUCCCCAAGGGUCAGCGCUGCUCCUCCCACUUCCUCAGCCAGAAAUAACUGCUGUCCCUCAGCAGGACCUUGGCAUCUGGGCUGGAGCUCAGCACGGGUCAGGGCGAGAGGCAGGGAGCCCGGGGGUGCCACGGAGGGCUAGCUGGGGCCACCGAGCACUGGCGGCCACCGCUUGGCUUCAGCUUCAUCCCCAGCACAGGAGGAGAGCAUCUUUGGUCCCCAGCAUCUGGGCUAUCCAUGGCCAGCUGGGCAGAAUCUGUUCCUCUCCCACGGAGCUGCCCCAGGAGCGCAGCGGCAAGUGAUGGCCAUCAUGAAAUCAGGCCCUGGAGAUGUGCCCCAGCUGGACCUGGGCAAGAAGAUGAGCACCCCGCAGGACCUGAUGAUCGAGGAGCUCUCCCUGCACGAUAACCGUGGCUCCCAGCUCUUCCAGCAGCGCCAGAGGCGGAUGCAGCGCUUCAUCUUCGAGCAUCCCAGCGGCUACAGGCAGCUGUCAGGAGCAAGUGGCUCACAGCACGCUGGGAAAGGUGACCCAACAGCAAAUGAGUGGCCGGCAGGGGAGGACCAGCCAAGUUUCCACUCUGAGCUCCAUGUGGCAGCUUCACCCCAGGGUGGCCCCCCAGCAGUGCCCAAGAAGACAGAGAAAGUCUUGCAGAUGAGCAAAAUCCUCAACCCCGAUGCUCUGGCACCAGGGUACUCCAGCCCCCUCAAAGAAAUCCCCCCAGAGAAGUUCAACGUCACUGCCAUCCCCAAGGGAUACCGCUCCCCGUGGCAGGGGCUCCUCGGGCACGUGCCCAACACUGUGCACUUCGAGAACCAGAUGCCCAUGAGACCCUACCCAUGGGACUUCAGGAGCUUCAACAGGACUGCUGCCCCCUUCGACAGCACACUGGUCAGUGACCUGUUCUCCGUGCCUGCCGUGGAGCUGGAUAACCUGAGUGCUCUGGAGGUGAUUUCCCACAGACCCAACUUCAACAGAGUGGCCCAGGGCUGGGUGCGGAUCCUGCCGGAGAGCGAGGAGCUGUAGCGCUCAGGCUCCCUGCCCAGCAGCUGCUUCUCUCCCCAGGCUCCAACAUGCUGCCCAGGGGAGGGGAGAGGGGAGGAAGUGUUCUUCAUGAAAGCUAAGCUGGUGGUCUCAAGUCAUCAUCCUCUUCAGUGGGAUUUGAACAAGCUCAAGUCUGGGACCAUUUUGAACUCUCCUCACCCCAGCAGUUGUCCCCAAGGGCGUUUAGUGCUAAGCUGUCCGGCCAGGCUCUUGUUGUUAACAUGAGCAGAUCCUGGUAAGCUCCCAUCCUGCCUGUCCUCUUCCCUGCCUCAUGGAAAAUGGCAGCACCACCAGCUGCAACACACCCAGGUCUCCUGCUCCUUCUUCACUGACACACAAGCCCUGCUUGAACAGCUGCUGUCUAAGCAGAGAAAUUCCAUCCUCAGGACAACUCUGCAUCUGUCAUUCCGCUCAGGACAGCGGGAGGAGGUGAUAAUUGAAGAGCAGCCACAAAACACGGACUGGAGGCACUGGCAUGUUCAAAGCAGUUAACUUGGGCUUGGCUGGGCAACAGAUAAGGAACUGGGAAUCUGCCCAUUUACCAACACAGCACAACCAGGAUGUAGGGGAAUGCUGGGAGUUGGAAACUUGUGCCCCGUUUUCUGCAAGCUACUGGCACUUGGCAGCUGCCAUGUCCCCUCCCUGCUGCUCCUGCGUGCCUCACUUAAAACACCUCAGCCCUGGGACUGCCUUAUGCCAGGGCUGCUUCAUCAGCAAGGACCAGGCCCUGCUCAGACCCACUGCACAGUGGAAUUGCACCAGUCUGGAGGUACCACCAGGGAAUUCUGUCAGUCUCAGCAUGAGGGGGAAGGAGAAGCAGUGCAGAUGUGACCCCAGAGCAAGCACAGGCUGCUGCAGCAGUGCAAAACCCAGCAGUGGGGAUUCAACUGCACCAAUGCUCCCAGCAGUGACACACAGCUAAGAACAGGCACCAGAACAUCUGCUAGCUGCUAGCAAAAACCUCCAGCUUCACACAGGCUUUUUUGCAAUGGCUUUUGUCAGAUUUUUCAUGUCACCCUUAGACAAUCUUGCAAAAGCAGGAGAGUCAGGGCAAAAGUUUCUUUUUCCACUGCUGUGGUUAAACUGGGCAAGGAAAUUUUGUGGUAAAAAGGUAGUUCAGGGUAUCCUUGCUUGUGAAGUGACUUUGUGAUGGUGUGUAGACAUGCACAGAGCAAACCUCACACAGGGAUUCUGCUGCCACACCAUUGAGGCAGGAAACUUCCAUUGCUCUCUUUUUCCCACUGAAGUAGAAGGAAAUGGAAAAAGAUCUGAUCCUUUAUUAAAGUUUUAUGAUUGCUGCCCUGUUCCAAACCCAUCUCUCCCCUCUUUGUCCAGCAGAAGAACCUGCGCACCCCUGGGGCCUGG